AUGCCCUCCCGCUCGUCGCUCUCAGCCGGCAAGGCUGCCGCCAAGCCCGAGGUCAAGAAGGCCUCUGCCGCCAAGAAGGCCGCGCUGCACGGUGCGUCGGGCAACAAGAUCCGCAAGGUGCGCACCAGCGUCACCUUCCACCGGCCCAAGACGCUGCGUCUGCCGCGCGCGCCCAAGUACCAGCGCAAGAGCGUCCACCACCUGCCGCGCAUGGACGCACACACCACCAUCCUCUUCCCGCUCAACACCGAGAGCGCCAUGAAGAAGAUUGAGGAGGAGAACACGCUCGUCAUGAUCUGCGACCGCCGCUCCAACAAGCGCCAGAUCAAGGCCGCCGUGAAGCAGCUGUACGACUGCGACGCGCUUGCCAUCAACACGCUCAUCCGGCCCGACGGCCGCAAGAAGGCCUACAUCCGCCUCACGCCCGACCAGGAUGCGCUCGACAUGGCGAGCCGCGUCGGCCUGCUCUAA